UAUACGUCAAGCAAUAGCAAUACAGAACUCCAAUUUCCCUAACAAACCAUGUCCAAACUCGUCAUCUUCGGAGCAACAGGCCAACAAGGCCGCUCGAUCCUCGAAACAGUCCACCACGAUCCAACCCUAUUAGAACAAUACUCCCUCCGCGCAAUCACACGCGACGUAACCAAAAAUGCAGCAAAGGAGAUCGCCAACCAAGGCAUUGAAACAGUCCAAGCUGACAUAGAUGACCCAGCCUCUCUCCCCAGAGCUCUAGCACAAGCGCACACCGUGAUCCUAAUCACCAACACCAUCUAUGACGCGGAGCUCAAAAGCCGCGAAUACAGACAGACCAAGAACGUCGGCGACGCAGCUGUGGCGGCAGGUGCCAGGCAUAUCAUUUUCAGCACGGCAGUGCACGCAUCGAAGCUCUGGAAUGGUCGCGCCAUGGACGUCUUUGACUCUAAGGCCGAAGCGGAGACCUAUCUGCAUACGCUACCGAUUAAAGUAUCUUUGUUUGCGCCGGGGAUGUUCAUGCAGAAUUUGACUACUAUGAUGGCGCCGCGGUUGGGUCCGGAUGGGACAUACAGUGUCGCGGGUGUGCUGGACCCGGACACGAAGGUCCCACUUAUUGAUACGGUGAAUGACUCUGGGACGUAUGUUGCUGCUCUGUUGAGGGAUGGGGAGGGUGUGAGAGGCGUUACGCUUUAUGCUGCGACGGGGCUGUAUAGCUUUUCUGAAAUCGUGGAGAUCAUCUCAGCGGCAUCGGGGAAGGUGGUUCGGUAUGUGCGGGUUCCGGACGAUGUGUAUGCUGGUUUCAUGAAGAGCGAUCAAGGGGGUAGAACUGUGGCUAUGAUGAGGUUCUUUGAGGAAGUUGGGUAUUUCGGGCCUGGGACUGGGGAGUUGGUUGAGAAGACGACGGGUAUGGUCAAGGGGCGGUUGACUACAUUUGAGGAGUUUGCGGAGAAGUAUAUGAAGGAUUUAGGGGUAUGCACUUGA